AACACUCAUGCGUAUAAACACAAAACCUGCCCGAAGAUCUUGGAAACGUGUUGAAUGAAUUCUACAAACAUUUUGUACUUUAAUUUUGUGACUAUAAAAUAUUGUUCCGCCUCGAAAUGUCCAUCCAGCUAGGUAAGCUAUGUUCCUGCAUAGUGCAGCAGCACUUUGGCGAUGUGGUGCGCAUGGUGGCCGACGAUCUUUUCGCCGCCGUCGCCAAAACCCUUCCAAUGAUUAUCAAAAGCACCGGACUCACUAAAUCGGAGGUCUGUAAAGCCCUAGCAAUUCUGCUGAAAUUCGGCCUUGCACGGUAUCAACCGAACAAGACCGGCACAGCGACCGAGUACAUACUGGACUACGAAAAGGUUCUAAUGGUGUUGCGCUAUCCUCGAUUCGUGCAUCUCAUUCAGACCAAGUAUGGGCCCGAGUCGGCCACCCUGACGGAAGAGUUGCUAAGAGCCGGCUGCCAGACGGCAUCCUACGUGAUUCUUAAGGCGACGGCCAUUGCCGAUGUGAAGGACAAGAACACCAUCACCAAGUUCCGGGAGAAGUUUGGCGAUUUGGUGGCGAAAAACUAUUUUAUCCGCGCACCGGAUCCAAAACCGGUUGAUUCAGCCAACGAAGUGGUGCAAUUGGAUUAUGAAAGUGCGAAUCUUUUCCAAAUGCCAGAGUUGGAUCUUCGGAAGCUGUUGGAUCUGCAGGAGGGCAAAAGUACCAAAGCCCCCGACGAAGGCAUUCACUGGCUGGUGAACCUGGAGAAGUUUCACUUGGAUUUCCGCGAUUCAAUCAUGAUUAACGCGGCGGAACGGCUGAUCGAUGCUAGUGCCGGUGAAUGCCUGAAGUAUCUUCUCCAGCUGAUGUACACGCGGACCAAACCAUGGGAGUUGGUGUCCAACCCGAUCCCGAUGGUGGAGCUAAAGCAACUCUGUGAAAAGAAGUCUAACAAUUUGGAGAUGAUCAAGUUCCUUGAUCAGUACGUGGCCGUGAUCGAAUCGGUCAACUUUGUUAGCAAAUUCGGCGACACCGGAGGCGGUCAGUACACGGUCAACAUGAAGAAAAUCCUAGAACAGCUCACGUGGAGUUGUGUCGAAAAUGUUAUCACAGAAAAGUACGGUUCCAAGGCGGCUCGAAUCUUCCGGGUAAUUCGCAUAAAGAAGUACAUCGAACAGGAAGACAUCCAGAAGGAAGCAAUGAUCCCCGCCAAGGAAGCCAAACAGCUGACCUACAAGUUACUGGAGGAAAACUUCCUCCAGAUUCAGACAUUCCGCAAAACAGGCGGCGGUAAUGCCGGUGCUCCCAAGUCCUUCUUUCUGUUCUACGUCAACCAGACGCAGAUCGUGGCAAUGCUGCUGGAGAUUUGCUACAAGUCACUGUACAACUCGAUCACCCGGUCGACGCACGACAAAACGGUUAACAAGCGACUGAUCGAGAAGAGCCAACGGUUGGAUAGCAUUGUGGAAGCGAUGAAGGACCGUGGCGAAUCGGAGGAGUACAUCGCGGAAAUCCAGGAAACCUUGACGCCACCGGAGAAGGAAAUCUUGCAAAAGGUAAAGAUUCGCGUGAAGAGCCUUUACAGUGCCGAGAUAGGUAUCGAUGAGACGAUUUUCCUGUUGAAGUUGUAUCAGCAGUAUCAAAGGAAGUAAGAAGUAAAUGAGACGUGAAACAAUCGAAAA